GGUCGCAGUGGCGGGCUGAUCAAUUUGGAGUUUUUGUCGGCAGCUGCUUGGAGUGCAGGGAUCAGGCCCGACUCCAGCGCCAUGGUGACCAAGAGAAGGCUUUCUAAGUCAGUCGAUGAUGACGAAGUGGUAAAUUCCAAAGAGCUAUCAAGGGCAAAGAAGAGCAAAACCGAAGGUAGAAAACAAAUAUCGUCUGCUGAGGAAGAAGAGGUGGAUAAUGAUAAUGUAUUCGUACAGUUGCUGAAAGUAGCAGGAGUGAUUCUGAAAUAUGGAAACCAACCGAAUAAGCUAAUUUCAGAUCAAGCAGUUUUUCAAAAGAAGCUUUACCAAGCUUUGAGGAAACACGCAUGCUAUCCUAACGUUGUGCAGGAAUUUAUAACUGGCAUGGAGUCAUACAUCGAGAACAGGGAUAAGUUCAGGAAUUGCCUUUUACCUUGUGGGCAAUCUCAAGAGGAAGAAUCCAGUAACACCGUGAACUAUCAGGAAAGUCUCAUAAAGCUGCUUCUUGGGAUUGAGAUUCUGCAGACUCCUGUUAUGAAUAUAUUAUUUGAAAAAAUUCCUGAAUUUAUGUAUGAUGGUGUACCAGAAGAUGGGAUUAACAUGCCAAGGCUUAUCAUCAAUCAGUUUAAAUGGCUGGACAGGAUUAUAGAUAGUAAGGAAUUGACCAGUAAAGUCAUGCAGCUGAUUAAUGUUGCACCCCUUGAAAUCCAGCGUGACAUCAUCACCAGCCUGCCAGAAAUCCUUGAAGAUGCUCAACAUAAUGAAGUUGCCAAGGAACUGAAUUCUUUGCUACAACAGAACACCCAUUUGACUGUGCCCAUCUUGGAUGCUUUGUCUAGUCUUAACUUGUGUGCUGAGCUAUUAGUGAAGGUGCGUCAUAGUGUCAUGUCAACUCUGUCUGCGGUCAAACUUGAUGAUCUUCCUGUGGUUGUCAAGUUUAUUCUUCAUGCAAUUACAGCAGCAGAUGCUACAGAGGUGAUUGGGGAACUACGAAGGAGUUUAGAAUUGGAAUCAUGUGUGCUUCCUCCUCAACUCCAGACUAGUCAGGACAAACAGAAUCAGAAUGCUAUAUGGACCUCAGUGAACCAGAAAAACAGCGGUCAUGACUGUGUUGUGAUUAUGUUUGAUGUUAUCAAGGCUGCUGUACGGUUUCAAAAAGUGACUGCUGAAGCUUGGAUUAAGGCAAUUGAAAACGUAGAUUCUGCUGCUGAGUACAAGGUAAUAGAUUUUUUAGUUCUCCUGAUCCUCCAUACAGCUGGGACAAACAAUAGCAAGAAACAAGUAGAGAAGCUGUUACGCAGCAAGAUUCGCCUGGGCCUUAUCAGGGAUCGGCUUUUGCAGGUUGCAUUCCGGAGUCAUGCUCUGGUUGUCCGUGAAUACUUUCCUUCUGUGUUGUCCUUGGCUCAAACUCUGUUGAGAUCCCCAGAUGUGAGUGUUGUGUCGUUUGGAAGUCAGAUAUAUAAACAUGCCUUUAUGAUGUUUGAUUCCUACUGUCAGCAGGAGGUUGUUGGUGCGCUGGUGACACAUGUUUGCAGUGGUUUCACUGCAGAGGUGGAUAUCUCACUCGAUGUGCUCAUAGACUUGGUCUCCCAGUGCUCAUCUGCUAUGGCUGUCUAUGCUGUAUUUGUGAAGGGCAUCUUGGAUUACAUGGACAACUUGUCUCCCCAACAAAUUAGGAAGCUUUUUUUUAUUCUUAGCACUUUGGCUUUUGGUAGAGGACUGGAGGGCAGCCAUAUUCAGGAUGAUAUGCACAUUAUUAUCAGGAAACAACUGUCCAGUACAAUAUCCAAAUAUAAGCGCAUUGGGAUCAUCGGGGCAGUCAUGAUGGUGGGAUUCAUGGCCUGUGAUAGAAGUAAAAUUGAUACAUGUUCAACAGAUUUACCAGCCAUGAGCAAGGAGUCAUUCAGACAGGCAUCAGCCCUGCUUGAACUGGUGCGAACUUGCAGUGAGCAUUCACCAGAGGCUGCUGCUCUCUAUUAUGAUGAGAUGGCUAACUUGGUUCAGAAAGGAAACCUGGAUCCACAAGUGCAGGAACUGAUUGGAAGAAGUGUACUUGAUGACUUUCAAGAGGACUUUGUUGUAGAUCUGAUACCAGAAAUAGAUAAUAAAUACCUGCUACCAUUGAAGUGCAUGUAUAACUUGGAUGAAGAAGAAAGUGAAGGUGGGAUUGUAAUCAACCUUCUGCCGCUGUUGUCCGAUAGCGUGAAUAACACUGGCUUUAAAGGCAAGCAGGGAAUCCAGAAAUGUGUUUCACCUGUGAGUCUUGCUUCCUUUUUCCGUUUGCUGAGGCUGUGUGAAGAGGUGCAACAUCACGGAAAUUUGGAGGAAAUUGACGCCUUGUUAGGUUGUCCACUUUAUCUGACUGAUUUGGAGCUUGUAGAGAAGGUGGAGUCUCUGUCCAAACAAGAACGGGAGUUGCUUUGUUCACUGCUGUUUCAUGCCCUCAACUGGUUCAGAGAGGUAGUAAAUGGAUUCUGUAAACAGCAGGAUACUGAGAUGAAAGGAAAGGUACUUCUCCGAUUGCAGAACAUUACUCAGCUACAAGGUCUUCUUGAGAAGUGUAUAUCAGAGACUCCUGGAUAUAUUCCUCCACUGGCAAACUUUGACUCAGAAAUCACUGAAGUUCCUCCAAUGACAGCUGUUGUAACAACAGCCAAGAAAGAAAAUAAAGAGCUGAAGGGCAAGAAAAAGCAGAAAUCAGAAGGCAGCAAGAACUCUUCUGCUGACAGCACUCUGACUGAGGAGCCUGCAGAAGGAAGUCCAAUGCAAACUGAGAAUGCUCAAGGAAAGGAGAACAGUGAAGAAGGAAAGGUCGUUGUUAACUUGGCCAAUUACAGAGCUUACUUUAGAGAACUGGAUAUAGAUGUAUUUUUUGUCCUACAAUCAGGUCUGGUAACCAAGUCCCAUCUGGAUACUGAGCUAAAUACCAAGGUUACUGAGGUUCUGCAACUGGGGUCAGCAGAGCUAAUGUUUCUUCUGGAGGACCUAUCUCGUAAACUGGAUUACAUGUUAGUAGCAAAUGCUACCAAGAAAAAUCUGUUCCUGAAGGUUAAAGGAUGUAGAGACACUGGAUUUUCACAUUUGCGCCAAAUGACUCCUCAGCAGCUCGCUCGAUUUACUGUAAAGCUGCUCAAUCCCCUGUGUAAUCACCUGGAAAAUGCUCACAAUUUCUUUCAGGUGAUGAUGGCUGAGAACAAUGGUGUGGUGGACGUUCUGGGAUCAGAUGUAAAAGAGUAUCAGAGGAUGGCCACGUGCUAUCAAUUACUACUUCAAAUCUUGAAUACUCUCUUUGCUUGGUGUGGCUUUGUCCAGAAUGAAAACCGUAAACUGCUCAAGUCAGCUCUUGGCGUCCUAGCCAUCAGACUUAAAGCUGGAGAAGGUGAACUGGAAAUGGAAGAUCUCUUCAGGCAGACUUUCCACUAUCUGCAGAACUUUCAAACCACUAUAUCUACCUGUGCCUCAGCAGUGACUCUUACCCAGCUGCUCAUUGUCAUAUCAAGAUCUUUAGACAACCAGUACAAGGAGAAAAUAGCACAAAUAGCACGGGGCUUCUUGUGCCAAUCCUGGGUUUCACCUUCUGGAGAAAAAGAGAAAGGUAAUAAGUAUAAUGAAGCUCUGGAAACACUCUUAUGUAUUUAUUUGAAACAUACAGAUGACCUGUUGAAAUCUGUGGAGGAAAUUGCUGGUGUGGGUGUUCCUGAACUAUUGAACUCAACCAAGGAUGGCAACUCACUGACAUUUCCAACACUGACCAGGCAAACAUUUUUGGUCUUCUACCGGGUGAUGAUGAGAGAACUGAAUGCAUCAAUAAAGGAAAUUCCAGUUGGUACAACGUCUGAUUCGUCUGAGGUGCAGGUAGAGAAGCUGUUACGGUGGAAUCUAGCUGUGCGGGACUUCCAUAUCCUUGUAAAUCUUGUUAAGGUGUUUGACAGCAGGCCAGUACUGGGUGUUUGCCUCAAGCAUGGAUGUCUUUUUGUUGAAUCUUUUCUUAAGCAAGGCAUGCCACUCCUUGACUACAGCUUCAAGAAGUAUCGGGAUGACGUUCAGAGUUUGCUGAAAGCUCUACAGCUGAGCACUCGUCAGCUGCACCAUAUGUGUGGACAUAGCAAGAUCAACCAAGAUACUAAUCUUACCAAUCAUGUCCCAUUGUUGAAGAAGCUGUUGGAACUAUUUGUGUACCGAGUUAAAGCAAUGUUGACCAUCAACAAAUGCCAAGAUGCAUUCUGGCUAGGAAAUCUCAAAAACAGAGACCUGCAUGGGGAAGAGAUCUUAACCCAGGAAUCCCAGCAGGAGAUUGGAGAUGAGGAAGAAUCACAGCUAUCUGAAGAUCAUGAGGAAGAGGAGAUGGAGGAGGAAGAGGAUGGUGGAUGUGAGUCUGACACAACGAAAGCUACAAAGGAUGAUGAAGACUCUGACAGUGAUUAGGUCUUUAUUGACAAUAUCUAUGGUGGUAUACCAAGCAAUUGAAGUUGUUUACUUCAUUGAAUUGCAGUUGCAAGUCAACUGCUAGCUUUAGUGAGGAGCUGUGAAUUAUGUAUAGGAGGGUUUAGAAAAUCUGGUGUAAUCUUUGAAAUUGAUAUGUGUGAUAUCUUUAAUAGACUUUGUUCUUGAUGCAUUAAAGCAUUUCAUUGGUCAUCAGAGUUUGAGGCUCUUGGAGAUGCUGAAGGUAUUCACCUUACCCAGCUUAUUUGGAUAGUAAUCACCACUCCUCAUUGAGCUGAGAACAGUAAAAUCUUUUACCUGCUUUGUCUCUUAAAUAACACAUAUUAAUACUGUACUCUAAUGCUUUGUACUGUCACUAGGCCUGUCAGAUGUUCAAAAUUUGUAGAUUUUAGAUUUGAACAAUACCUGAAAUAGUAUUGCUGUCUGAUUUGAUAUUCAUUAAUAAUAUAAAAGUCAAUUGUUUUCACAGAAGUUGCAGGCUUAAUGGCAUAAUUUACCAGAAGUCCUCUGUAAAAAAUUUAGAAUACCUUAUUUUUCUUAUAUUUUUAAUUUGAAUGAACCCACUUAAAUGAUCAGAUUUACAAUGUUAUCGAGUUCUACUUAACUGUAUUAG